CCCUUUUCUCUGGCCAUGACCAGCCUGAAGCGCUCGCAGACGGAGCGCUCGGUGGGCGGCUCCAUCUCGGCCACGGACGAGUUCUACACGCGGCGCCUGCGCCUGCCCAACGGUGGCGCCCCUCCGCCGCGCAGCGAGAGCGCCCACCUGUCCAGCUGCUCGCCCGGCGUGCCCAAGAUGGGCGUGCGCGCCCGCGUCGCCGACUGGCCCCCCAGGAAAGACGGCAGUGCCGGAGGAGGCGGCGGCGGCCCCGGCGCCGGGGGCGUGUGGCACAUCACGGUGGAGACCGACUCCCCCACCACCACGUCGUCCAGCAGCUCCUCCGGCGGAGGAGGGGACCAGCGCGGCGGAGGCGGGGGGAGUAGCGGCGGUAACGGCACGGGCACCGGGAGCAGCAGCGGCAGCAGCAGCGGCGGCGGCGGCAGCGGCGGCGGCAGCGCCCAGAGCAACCUGUCGGCCAAGCUGGGCCACCUGAUCAGCCCGCAGGACUCGUCCAUGCUGCGCAACAUCCACAACACGCUCAAGAGCAAGAUGCAGGGCCGCCACGGCGGCAAGGACAACCGCUUCCUGUCGCCCGACGGCUACCUGGGCUCGCCGCGCAAGGGCAUGCGCCGCAUCCGCCAGCGCAGCAACAGCGACAUCACCAUCAGCGAGCUGGACGGCAGCGGCGGCGGCGGCAACGACGGCAACGAGGGCUGGUCCUUCUCGGGCUGGACGCCCAUGCACCGCGAGUACGGCAGCACGUCGUCCAUCGACAAGCACAGCACGGCGGCGUCCGGGGCCUCGCAGAGCUUCUUCGACAUGCUCAAGGGCUACCAGUCGGCCGAGGCGCCCGACCAGCGCGCCUCGGACCAGCGCAGCGCGGCGCCCGAGCGCCUCAGCGAGCUGCUGAGCGUCGCCCACAAGCAGGCGGCGCUGGACCUGCCCGACGGGCCGCCCUCGCUGACCCGCGCCAGCGGCAGCCCGGCCAGCCGCCUCAAGGAGCGCGAGAAGCACCUCAAGCGCCGCUCCAAGUCGGAGACGGGCGGCGAGUCCAUCUUCCGGAAGCUGCGCAGCGCCCGGGCCGACGGCGAGUCCUCGCGCGCCGGCUCGGACGCCGAGGACGAGGGCAGCGGGCACUCGGGGCCGUCGGCGGCGUCGCUCAAGCCCUGGGUGUGCCAGAAGGCCUUCGCCCACUUCGACGUGCAGAGCCUCUUCUUCGACCUCCACGACGUGGUGACGGGCCGGCAGUGGGCCAGCUCGGGCAAGCACAAGAACAUCACCACCGGCGCCUCGGCCGCCGCCGCCGCCUCCUCCUCGCUCUCGUCCUCGCUCUCGUCCCAGUCCUCCCAGAGCGUGGCGCUGGGCUCGCCGUGCGGCAGCCAGGAGGAGCUCAACGCCAAGGACGGCGCCAGCCCGGCGCUGGACCCCGGCGACGACAAGAGCAACGAGCUGGUGCUGGCCUGCCCGUGUUUCCGCAACGAGCUGGGCGGCGAGGGCGAGCGCAACAUCAACCCUACCAAGCUGGGCAGCAUCGGCAGCGGGGGGUCCGGCGGCAGCGGCGGAGGGGGGUCGCCCGGCGAGGACGACGCGCCGCCCAGCUCGCACCUGUCCAACGCCGGGGUCGCCGUGCUCGAGGCGCCCAAAGAUGGCCAGGGGCUGCAGUCGGAGCGGGGCAAGCGCCACAUUUUGGAGCACGUAGACCUGGGGUCCUACUACUACAGGAAGUACUUCUACCUUAGAGAGCACUGGAACUACCUGGGUGUGGACGAGACCCUGGGCCCGGUGGCGGUCAGCCUGCGUCGGGAGAAGCUGGAGGAGCACAAGGAGCACGGCCAGCAGUACCAGUUCCGGGUCAUCUUCAGAACCAGCGAGCUGACGACCCUGCGAGGUGCCAUCCUGGAGGACGGCGUGCCCUCCACCGCCAAGCACGGCACGCCGCGCGGCCUCCCGCUGAAGGAGGUGCUGGAGUUCCUGGUGCCCGAGCUCAACGCCCACUGCCUACGCCUGGCCCUCAACACGCCCAAGGUCACCGACCAGCUGAUGAAGCUGGACGAGCAAGGGUUGAGUUUCCAGCUGAAGGUGGGGGUGAUGUACUGCCAGGCGGGCCAGAGCACCGAGGAGGAGAUGUACAACAACGAGGCGGCCGGCCCUGCGCUCGAGGAGUUCCUGCAGCUGUUGGGGGAGCGCGUGCGCCUUAAAGGCUUCAACAAGUACCGUGCUCAGCUGGACACCAAGACGGACUCCACUGGCACACACUCUCUGUACACCACCUACAAGGACUACGAGAUCAUGUUCCACGUGUCCACCAUGCUGCCCUACACUCCCAAUAACAAACAGCAGUUGCUGAGGAAGCGACACAUUGGCAACGACAUCGUGACCAUCGUUUUCCAGGAGCCCGGCGCCAAGGCCUUCAGUCCCAAGAACAUUCGCUCGCACUUCCAGCACGUGUUUGUGGUGGUGCGCGCCCACAACCCCUGCUCUGACGGCACCACCUGUUACAGUGUGGCGGUGGCGCGCUCCCGCGACGUCCCCGCCUUCGGCCCGCCCAUCCCCGAGGACGUCACCUUCCCCAAGUCGGGCGUCUUCCGGGACUUCCUGCUGGCCAAGGUGAUCAACGCGGAGAACGCGGCGCACAAGUCGGACAAGUUCCGCGCCAUGGCCACGCGCACCCGCCAGGAGUACCUGCGCGAGCUGGCCGAGCGCCACGUCACCAGCACGCCCAUCGACCCGUCGGGCAAGUUCCCCUUCAUCUCGCUGGCGCACAAGCGCCGCGAGCGCAGCCGGCCGUACGCGGGCGCCGAGCUGCGGAGCGGCGGCGCCGUGGCCUGGCCCGUGCACGCCGAGGACCAGCAGGGCGGCGGCGGCGAGCUGGAGGCGCUGCUGGCCGUCUCGGCCGAGUUCCUGGUGCUGGCCGACCCCGAGGCCAAGGCGGUGGUGUUCAACUGCGCCGUGCGCGACGUCAUCGGCUGGACGCUGGGCAGCCCGGCCUCCAUGAAGGUCUACCACGGCCGCGGCGAGAGCGUGGCGCUGCGCUCCGUCGGGAACAACACCGAGGACUUCCGCGAGGUGGUCAAGAGGCUGGAGUUCCUGACGAAGGGCUGCGAGACGACGGAGCUGACGCUGCGGCGUAACGGCCUGGGCCAGCUGGGCUUCCACGUCAACUACGAGGGCAUCGUGGCCGAGGUGGAGCCCUACGGGUACGCCUGGCAGGCCGGCCUGCGGCAGGGCAGCCGCCUGGUGGAGAUCUGCAAGGUGUCCGUGGCCGCGCUCUCGCACGAGCAGAUGAUCGACCUGCUGCGCACCUCCGUCACCGUCAAGGUGCUCAUCAUCCCGCCGCACGAGGACGCCACGCCACGCAGGGGCUGCUCUGAGCUGUGCCGGGUGCCGGUGGUGGAGUACAAGGGCAGCAGCGAGACGGGCUCCUUCGAGUACAAGUUCCCCUUCCGCAGCAACAACAACAAGUGGCAGCGCAACAGCUCCAGCCCGCAGCAGUCGCUGGCCGCCUCGCCCCAGCCGGGCCACACGGGCCACGCCGGCAGCGCGGGCAGCACCGGCAGCGCCAGCAGCACGCCCAACCGCGCCGUCAGCCUGGGCGCCAGCAUGGGCAAGACGCUGUCCGCCGAGCGCGAGGGCCGCACCGCCGCCAUCCCCCGCAGCGUCUCCAGCGACGGCCGACCCCUCGACUCCAAGAGGAUGUCUCCUGGCUCUGAGGGUUAUGGGCUGGGCUCGUCUCUGGGUCUGGGCCGCCACAACCGCAGCUCUCCCAGCAACCUCUCCUGCUCCAGCGACACCGCCAGCGCUCACUGGAGGCAGAAGUCCAUGCCAGAGGGAUUUGCACCUCCCAGGCACUCUCCUCUACCUGGGGAGCGUCAGCUCACGCCUGAGGGAUGCACGAGCGGCAAGAGCACGCCCAGUGGAGAUCGCGGCUCCGCAGAUGGUCCUGUUACCAAGACUGGCUCAUCUUAUUCGGGAGGCCCGCGAAUCCAGAGGCAGGAGCAGGUCAUCCACCACUCUCCCAAGAAGGGCAGUCAGUCUGAGGGUCUGUACUCGGGCCACUCCAGCAGCAACACCCUGUCCAGCACGACGUCCAGCGGCGGCCUGAGCGACGACAAGUGGUACGACAUGGGCAGCAGCACGGGCGGAGGCAGCGGCGGAGGCGGCGGCGGUGGUGGUGGGGGGGUUCUGGCGGCGGGCGCCGACCUCGGCGACCCCGAGCCCAACGGCCUGGGCGGCGGCAGCUACCUGCAGGGGGCGUCGGCCGACAGCGGCAUCGACGCCUCGUCCUACGGCGGCGGAGGCGGACUUCCGUCCCACCAUGCCAGCUCGUCCUCGCUGCUGCUGCCCGUGAGCGGACCGAGCACACGGGAGCGCGACCGCGACCGGGACCGUGAGCGCGCGGCGUCGCCCUGGCACGGUGGGUCGUCGGACGGCGGCGGUCGGCGCAUGCUGGAGCGUUCGCCCCCCGCGGCGGAGUCGCCAGCGCCCCCUGGUGGGCCCCCCGAGGGCCCGGCCCGCAGCCCCCCCACACACCUGCUGGUGCGCGACAACAGCUCCUACAGCCUCAGCGACGCCGCCUCACUCUCAAGCGCCGUGAGCUCGCGCCACUCGGGCAGCCCCGGCCUGCUGGGCUCGCCGCAGGAGCCCUCCUCGGCCGCCACCUCCCCCUGCUCCUCCCAGGCCUCCGUCUCCCCCGGCCCUCCCAAGUCCUUCUACCCGCGCCAGGGGGCCACCAGCAAGUACCUGAUUGGCUGGCGCAAGCCCGGCAGCACCAUCAACUCCGUGGACUUUGGGGACACGCGCAAGAGGUCUCCAGGAGAGGGUCCAGAGGGGGCCCAGACCCCGCCGCGCCCCACCCUGCGGGACCUGCACUCCCCCCAGCCGCUGGGCAAGUCGGCCCUGGAGGAGGAGAUGAAGAAGGUCAUGAACCUGGACCCGCCACCACGCUCCCAUUCCCACUCCCACUCCCACUCUCACUCCCACUCCCACUCGCGCUCACGCCGGGAGGACAAGUCCCCACCCCGUGGCUCCCCCUCCUCUGGGCCGCCCCCUAACCGCCGCUCGCUGCACCGGACGCUGUCGGACGAGAGCAUCUACCGGGGUCAGCGGCUGCCCUCCCUGGGCGAGGCGGGCAUCCUGGAGCAGAGCUCGGCCGUGGACGUCCUCUUCACGUGCUCCACCAUCCCGCGCUCGCCCACCACGCGCGGCGUGCCCCUCAGGCGGCCCUCCUACAAGAUGGGCAUCAAGCUGCACGGUGACCUCUCGGCGUCGGACACCUCCCUGGCGGACCUGCACGAGCGCCAGCGGCAGCCGGAGCGCGAGAUGAGCCUCAUGCCGCUGCCCGACACCGACGAGAGCAGCCUGGACUGGAGCCACCUGGUGGACGCCGCCAACGUGUUCGAGGGAGAGACCGGUCGGCACCGGGGCCAGAGAGGAUUCGUGUUCAGCUCGACAGACCUGAGUCAUCGCGGAGAGAGCGCCUCCCCCAGCCCCAAGCAUGCAGUGCGCAAGCCUGCGCCCCUGGCCAGACCCUCCUCCAGUGAUGGGCACAUGAGUAUGGCUGGCAAGGUGACUCAGCUGGAGGCGGUGGUGAAACUGCUGAAGGACGACUUGAAGAAGGAGAAGGAGGAGAAGGUCAAGCUGCAGGCGCAGAUCCAGAGACUGUGGGAGGACAACCAGCGGCUGCAGGAGGAGUCCCAGAGCUCGGCCGCCAAGCUCAAGAAGUUCACAGAGUGGGUCUUCAACACCAUCGACAUGAACUGAGCCCGCCGGCCGCACACACCAGCACAGGCCACCAGGGGGAGGGACAGGAGGCCCACACUUAACGCGGGGGGGGGGGGGGGGCGGGUGUAUUGACUAUGAAGGCGUGUACAGUUUCCGGGGAUACUUGUGUCCGAAAUUGGGACCAACUGAAGCAAGUGACCACACCAAGAUCAGCACAUCCUGAUUUUCCCCUGUUUUCCCACCCUUUUGGAUCAAGCUCUUUUAAUGUCUGAUACUGGAAGCCUCAUACACACACACACACACACACACACACACACACACACACAUACAUAUGAACAUACACCACCAUCGCCAUCAGAUCACUGUUCUCUUGUCCACGUCGUCCAGAUGGACCAAUUAAAACAUCCCUCUGCUUUCCCUGCAGCACUGAAGUCCACUGACUCCAAGCGCCACCUGAAAGGGCGGUUGCUAGGACCCCACAGACUUAUGUCUCUCACGGCCUUCCCUAACCAGCUCCUCCAUGGCUCCUCCUGCAGCCACACACCCCCAGAGCUGGAUGUCCAGACCUUUACCUCCCCCUGUGGGGGUGGGGUGGGGUAGGAAGCUCCUGUUACCCCCCUCAGCCCCUGUUACCCCCCCUCAGCCCCUUCCUCUGUGCCCACCGCCCUCAACUCUGGGGUCGGCUUAGGGAAGAAUCGCACGAGUCAGGUACCUCCUGCGCCCCUCCUUUACUGCUGUGCUGCUCAAACCAGGGGGGCGGGAGAAACCACAGACGCGUGGAUGAUUGGUUGGCCCACCUGUCGUCUCACACGCUCAUCACCUCCACAGGGAUUGCCUUCUUUUUGUGUAUGGCUCUUACAUUCCGACAUUGUCUGUGUGUGUGUGUGUGUGUGUGUGUGUGUGUGUGUGUGUGUGUGUGUGUGUGUGUGUGUGUGUGUGUGUGUGUGUGUGUGUGUGUGUGUGUUUGUGUCUGUGUGUGUUUGUGCAUGAGAGAGAGCACAUUCUUAUGUGUGUGUGUGUGUGUGUGUGUGUAUAUGUCUGUGUUUGUGCAUGAGAGAGAGACAGUGGGUGUGUUUGUGUUAGGUUGUGAGAGAGAGUAUAUUUGUGUGUGUGUGUGUGUGUGUGUGUGUGUGUGUGUGUCUGUCACUAAAGGCAUUUGGAGCUGCCUUAGCCAUCUUGUGAGAUUUCUUGCUGAUAUUCCUGACGCAGGGCUGCUACUGCUACCAGUGGAUAGAGUGGUCGAUGAUGUCCUUACAUGCCAUACAUGAUGCCAUACAUGUCCCACCAGACCGCAGGACGAACACUAAAAAAAGUCCUGCAGCGAUGAAGACAAAUGACGAGAAGGGCAACCUCAUUUUGUUUUAAUUUGUACUGAGAAAAGGAAGAAAUACACCGGAGUAAAUGAUCUCCGGUGAAAUGCCUGCUUUGGCCUCAGGGGGGCACCAUGGAGCGUGCACACACACACACACACACACACACACACAUACACAUACACACGCACACACUCGCAGAAAAGAGGGAGAAAGACUGUAUGAAAUGUAAAUGAAGAGCUUAGCAUAGACAGCAUCGCCAUAGCAAUAGCAGGGACUCUCUGGGAUGCCAGCUUCAAAUGAAGGAGAUUUUUUAAAAAACUUUUAUCGGGAGGAUUAUUGUGUGGGUAGGUACUCCCCCCAACCCCCUCCA